CCUCGGGCUGGUCGGUCUGUAACGUCAUGGGAAGAUGGCGGACCCAUUUACGGGUGGCCAAAGCUCUAGAGCAAGUAAUGCCUUACAGAAGCGACAAGAAUCCUUAAAAAGAUGGACCAAGAGCGAGACAGCCUUAGAAUCUUCGGAUAGGGCUAGAAAGAAGACUAAAAUUCAAUUUUCGCUCGGAACUGUGUUCCUUUCGGCGGUAUCGAGCGGUGACGUGGAGGAGGUAAAGAAACUUCUGGCCAAAGGCGCAGAUAUAAAUCACCAAAAUGUCGAUGGACUUACCGCGUUACAUCAGGCUUGCAUCGACGAAAGUUGUGAUCUCGUUGAAUUUUUGGUUGAUCAUGGAGCCCGAAUGGACAUACGAGACAACGAAGGCUGGACGGCCUUGCACGCUGCAGCCAGUUGUGGGAGCGUUGAAAUAGCACAAUGUUUACUUGACCAUGGAGCAGAUGUGGCAGCUGUUAAUAAUGAAGGGGAAUUACCUCUGGAUCUUGCUGAGGAAGAGGACAUGGAGGAUAUUUUGACAGAAGAAAUUGAAAGAUUAGGUAAAUUUUUAAGAAAGAGGUUACAUGUAUUUCUUUUGUCUCAAAGCUGA